AUGUCGAUGAGCAUGUAUCGCACUCCAUGCGCGGCAGUCAGUCGAAUCCGUAAAUCUCCGCUGGCCUUCCUCGCCUCGGAGAUCCGCAAUCUCUCAACGACGACACGGAGAUGCAUCAACAUGGAAGAUUACCCCACAGAGAAGAUACGCAAUUUCUCAGUCGUAGCGCACAUCGAUCAUGGGAAGAGCACGCUCUCUGAUCGCCUCCUCGAACUCACCAAUACAAUCAAGCCCGGCCAGAAUCAGCAAGUGCUCGACAAGCUGGAGGUGGAGCGUGAGCGCGGCAUUACAGUGAAGGCGAAUUCAUCGAGCAUGCUUUAUGAUUAUAAAGGGGACAAGUACCUUCUCAAUCUGAUAGAUACACCCGGACAUGUAGAUUUCAGCUACGAAGUGAGCAGAUCGCUGGGAGCUUGCGACGGUGCGCUGCUGCUGGUUGAUGCUACGCAGGGUAUUCAGGCGCAGACGCUGUCUGUGUUUGAGCUUGCCAGUCAGCGCAAUCUCAAAAUCAUACCCGUUAUCAACAAAAUAGAUUUGCCGGCUGCGGAGCCUGACGCUGUUAUUGAGCAGGUGCUCAUGCAGUUCGACCUCGAUAUAGACUCUGCUCUGCCCAUAUCAGCCAAGUCAGGGCUGAAUGUAGAAAAGGUGUUGCAUGCGAUUGUCGACCAAAUACCUCCUCCUCCUCCAUCACCUACUCCGCCCCGCCAACAGCCCCUCAAAGCGCUCCUGUUUGACUCAUACUUUGACAAAUUCAGAGGCGCAGUGUCGCUCAUCAAAAUUGAGAGUGGGUCGAUACAGAAGGGUGAUGUUGUCGUUUCGCACCACUCAAAAAGCAGGUACACAGUGGGGGAGGUUGGUGUGCUGAAUCCAGCCGAGAAGCCGACGACGCAUCUGCAGCACGGACAAGUGGGAUACUUGGUGUGUGGAAUGAAGGAGUCGAGCGAGGCACACAUAGGUGACACAAUCUACAAGCAGUCGCAACCAGUCGAGCCCCUCCCUGGUUUUCAGCCAGUCAAGCCGAUGGUCUUUGCUGGAGUGUUUCCCGUUGACAACAAAGAUUUCCUGAGACUAGAAGAAAAUGUGAAGAGACUCACUCUCAACGAUCCCAGCGUGACUGUGAAUAGAGAGUCCUCGAAUGCCUUGGGACAGGGCUGCAGGGUUGGAUUUCUCGGACAACUGCACCUCGAUGUAUUCAGGCAGCGCUUGGAAGAUGAGCACGACUCGGAGGUUAUCAUCACCGCACCAACUGUCCCUUACAAGGUGAUCCAGGGCGGCGAGGAGCGGAUAGUGCGGGUGCCUUCAGACUUCCCCGAGCCGCACGAGCUUUCUAAUAAGAAAGCGUCGCUAUUCGAGCCCUACGUGAAUGCGGAAGUUAUAGUGCCUGAUGAGUAUCUAGGCAGUGUGAUAGAGCUCAUGUCAGCACACCGCGGCGACCAAGUCGCGUUCAACUAUCUCGAGAACUCCAAUCCCCCGCGGGUGCACCUCAAAUAUCACGUCCCGCUCGCAGAAAUAGUUACUGACUUCUACGCCAAACUGAAAUCGGCGACUAGCGGCUAUGCAUCUUUCGAGUACCAGCAGGCGGACUACGUCGCUAGCGAUCUCGUCAAGCUGAACAUGCUGAUUCAUCAUAGGCCGGUUGAUGCACUUGCUAUGAUUGUGCACCGCUCCAAGUCGAUGGAUGUCGCCAAGCACUGGGUGAGCAAACUCAAAGAUGUCAUCCCAAAACAGCAGUUCGAGGUCGCGAUCCAAGCUGCCAUUGGACAGAAGCCCAUCGCCAGAGAAACUAUCAAGGCCAUGCGGAUGAAUGUGACGGAAGGGUUGUACGGUGGUCACUUUGACCGUAAGCUCAAAAAACUUAACCAGCAGAAACGCGGUAAAGCCAAGCUAAAGACGAAGGCAGUGGGAAAUAUUCACUUGCCUCAAAGUGCAUUCUACGACCUCAUGAAGAGUUGA